GAGAGAGAAAUUGGCGCUCCUUUUCUCUCUCAAGAACCGCCACCGGAAUUUGUAACUUCGUCGGCCGAUUGCCGGAGUUCGUAGAGAUUUCUUCGCCUCAGUUUUCUCUACAAUGUCCUUACGUAGCCGGAUCUUGCUUAAGGUCAUCGUCCUCGGCGACAGCGGGGUUGGUAAGACGUCGUUGAUGAAUCAAUAUGUACAUAACAAGUUUAGUCAGCAGUACAAAGCUACAAUUGGCGCUGAUUUUGUUACAAAAGAGCUGCAAAUAGAUGACAGGCUUGUUACAUUGCAAAUAUGGGAUACGGCUGGGCAGGAGAGGUUCCAGAGUCUAGGUGUGGCAUUUUAUCGAGGAGCGGAUUGUUGUGUUCUUGUGUAUGAUGUUAAUGUCAUUAGAUCUUUUGAUACUCUUGACAAUUGGCAUGACGAAUUUCUCAAACAGGCCAAUCCAGAUAAUCCAAAGAACUUCCCGAUCAUGUUACUCGGAAACAAGAUAGACAUUGAUGGAGGAAAUAGCCGUGUGGUUUCUGACAAGAGAGCAAAAGAUUGGUGUGCCUCAAAAGGCGAUAUUCCUUAUUUUGAGACUUCUGCAAAAGAGGGUAUCAAUAUUGAUGCUGCCUUUUUGGCUAUUGCCAAAUUAGCUUUAGCCAAUGAACAAGAGCAAGACAUAUAUUUCAAUGGCACACCCGGGUCUCUUACAGAAACAGAACAACAAGGCGGUUGUGCGUGCUGAUGAAUUCGGUCUCAUGAACAUUUUUUUACCAAAUGGUAAAUGAUGAUCGACACUUUCCUUCUUACCCAUUUUACAUUUUUAACCAAAACUUGGUUGCUGUGAUUCUUUUUUUUUUGUUGUACCACUCGAUUGUUGAAAACUGGCAAUGUAUUCUUUGUAGUCUUUAUUUUAGGUUAUGCUUCUUUGGGAGGGGAAGAAAUCGCGUUGUUUUCUUCGCAUAUCAUUGUUUUGGAUUUUGGUUUAUUUGUUUUAGUUGUAUUCUUUUGUGAGUUUAAUUGUUUGUUGAAAGAUGAUUUUAUUCAUUUCUUUGUAA